AUGUCUGAACCAGGCCAAACCGGGCCAAAACGGUUUAAAACCAGUCUAACCGCGCCUCCUGGACUUGCAGAGCCCCCGAGCUUCACCAAAGCGCCGGCGGCAGUGCAGGGCCUGGUGAGCAGGGAUUUGAGUCUGCACACAGACUUCUGUGGCUCUCCUCCUCUGACUGUGAGCUGGUACAAGGACAGACGCCCCCUGGUGGACGGCCUGAAGUACCGCACAGUGACAGAGGGCAGCUCCGCCUCCCUCCACUUGAUGGCGCUCCAGCCAAAGGAUGAGGGCGUGUAUGAGUGCAGAGUGUCCAACCGUGUGGACAGUGACAUCUGCCGCGUCAAGGUGUCGCUCAAAGCUGACCUCUCAUCUCUGGCCUCGCGCCCUCCCCUCUGGUCCCGCCCCCUCUCACUUUUCGCCCCGCCCUUCUGGCUCCCCCCUCUCUCAGAGCCCGCCUCUUUCCUGAAGCCCCUGGUGGACCAAUCGGUGCGUUCCGGUGAAGAGCUCAGACUUGUUGCCACGGUACGCUGUGGCUCCGCCCCUGUGAAUGUCACGUGGCUGCAUGGUCGGCAGGUCCUGCGGGACGGUCCUGACCUCAGCAUCAGCUUUGAGAAGGGCGUGGCCUCACUGUGUGUGGCCCGAGCCCUGACAGGCGGCGCGGGGAAGUACACGCUCCGACUGACAAGCGACGGCAGCGUCAUGGAAAGCAGCGCUAACGUGACUGUGCUAGAGACGCCUCAGGUCCUGGACUGGCCAGAAUCUGUGUCUGUAAAGGCUGGGGAGAGUUUGUCUAUUGAAGUACAGGUAAGUGGAGCAGAACUGAAGACCCGCUGGUCAAAGGGUGACGUGGAACUUAAGCCAGGCCCUAAGUACCAGAGCAGCUUCAGCAAAGGAACCGCGGUGCUGAAGAUCCGCUCUCUGGACCAACCAGACUCUGGGGACUAUCAGCUCCAUGUGUCCAACUCCCUGGGCUCAUCAAGCAGCCACACCAAAGUCACUGUCUCAGCCCGAGCCGCCCCGCCCUCGGUCUUAUGGUCUCUGCGUAACCUGUCGGUGAUGAGCGGCCGCUCUACAGAGCUGGUCUGUAAGGUGACUGGGUCGCCCCCGGUGACCGUCACCUGGACUCACAACGGACAGGAAGUCCAACCCGGAACAAACUGCACCACGAGCUUCAGCGACGGCACGUGUCGCCUCACCCUGCCAAGUGUUAGCGCGGCUGAGGCCGGCGUGUACGUGUGCACCGCGACUAAUGCAGAAGGAAGCUGCCAGAGCACCGGCAAGCUCACAGUGACAGGUACUAACCACCACACCACAGAGUCCAUCUGCUUCAUCCACACCCCUCAGGAUGUGGUUACCCUGCCUGGGAAGUCUGUAUCCUUCAGCGCCUCAUUCAAAGCCCAGCGCCCUGUGAAGGUGCGGUGGUUCUGCGGCUCUCAGGAGUUUUAUCACGGACGAUCAGGAUGUGAGGUCACGGUGAAGGACGACUUCACCGUCCUGAGCCUUCAAGACGUGCAGAUGUCCCACAGCGGUGACAUCACCUGUGUCCUACAGAAGGACGGGGAGGUCGUGAGCACAGGCGUGAUGCUCCAUGUCCGAGAGCCUGUCCGGUUGAUCAAACGUCUUCGGGAUGUGACCUCUGAGCUGGGCAGACCUCUCCGUCUGGAGGUGACCUUUUCUGGGACUCCUCCGUCUCACGUGUCCUGGACCAAAGACCACAAACCCAUCUGGGCUUCGUACCAGUACAACGUGCACACCAGCGGCUCCUCCUCCAUCUUAGAGGUGCUGAACGCUGACCGGAUGCACGCUACCGGACUGUACGGCGCCACGGUCGACAACGGCGUGGGAAGUGACUCAUGCGAGGCCACAGUCACCAUGCUGGAGCGGCCUGUCUUCCUGGAGCCCUUGCGCCCCCUGCAGGUGAUGGUGGGGAAGUGUUUGCAGCUGUCGUGUUGCGUUCAGGGCUCAGGGGAAACCUCUGUGUCAUGGUUCAGAGGAGACUCCGUUCUGUUCGCUAACGGUCGCCGGAAGAUGGAGUUUAAGAGUGGAAAAGCUACGCUAACAGUAGCACAGGCGACCGCGGUGGACAGCGGCGAGUACACGGUGAAAGCACGCAACCAUGUGGGAGAGAGCCAGUGCAGCGCCACCAUCAGUGUGCAAGAGCCUCCCCGCUUCGUAGAGCCGCUCCGUGACAUGUCGUUCUGCGUGGGCAAAGGGCUGGUGCUGUCCUGUGUGUACACAGGCAGCCAGCCCGCCAGCGCCACCUGGACCAAAGACGGGAAGUUCAUCUGGGCUUCGUACAAAUACAACGUGAAGAUGACGAGCUCCAUGUGCGUGCUGGAGGUGCUGAACGCCGACCGCGAGGAGGCGCAAGGAGAGUACACGUGUGAGGUGGUGAACGCAGCCGGGCGAGACCAGUGCGCAGCUAAAGUCACGCUGGAGCCCCCGCGCUUCACCCAUCCACUGCAGGACGCCUUCCUCCGGGUGGGCGAGCCGUUAGCGCUGGAGGCUCGCUUUAGUGGCAGUAAACACAUGUCGGUCACUUGGAAAAAGGACGAUAAGGUGAUCUGGGCUUCGUACAAAUACAACGUGAAAACCACAGAGUCCUCGAGUCGACUGGAAAUCCUGAACUCCGACCGCGAGGAAGCGGCGGGAAAAUACACCUGUGAGGUUACCAACAGAGCAGGAAAAGACUGCUGCAGCGCCACCGUCAGGCUGGCACCGGUGCGGUUUGUGCGGCGUCUGCGUAGCUCCUUCUACAAAGUGGGUCAACCGCUGACGUUGGAGGUGGAGUUCUCUGGGAGUCAGCGCAUUUACGUGAGCUGGAAGAAAGAUGGCCGCCCCAUCUGGGCGUCGUACAAAUACAACGUGAAGAACACUGCACGGACGAGCGCUCUGACCAUUCUGAACUGUGACAGCCGCGACGCCUGCGGCAAAUACUCCUGCGAAAUAGAGAACAAGGAGAGCAGCGCCACCUGCAGUUGUGCCGUACGCAUAGAGCCCGCCUACUUCAUCGCUCCACUCUGUGAUGUUACAUAUCGUCUUGGAGACAAACUCUCGCUUUACUGCGGCUAUGCCGGAAGUCCUCCAGUGUAUGUGAGCUGGAGGAAAGAUGGCCUCCCCAUUUGGGCCUCCUACAAAUACAAUGUGAAGAAGACAGACAACGCGUGCGUGUUGGAAGUCCUUAACGCUGACCGUGAGAACGCUCAAGGAGAGUACAGCUGCGAGAUCAGCAACUCUGAGACGAGUGCCACCAGUAGGGCUGAAGUGACUCUAGGUAACCACCAGGGGGAGACACAGGGGGGGACACAGGGGGGGACACAGGGGAGGUACAGGGGAGAGCCCGUGCGCUUCACCCUGCCCCUGAAGGAGACUCGCCUCAGGGUGGGUCACCCGCUCAGCCUGCGGGUCAAAUACAGCGGCAGCCCGCGCAUCCACGUGUCCUGGUUCAAAGAUGAUAAACCCAUCUGGGCGUCUUACAAGUACAACGUGACCAAAACUGACCAGUCCUGUGAGCUGCAGGUCCUGAACGCAGACCGGGAGGAGGCUAGGGGGCGCUAUACCUGCCACAUCUCCAACAGCAGCAGCCAGGCCCAGUGCAGCGCUAAUGUGACGCUAGAGCCUGUGGUCCUCGUCCAGCCCCUCCAGGACACCGCGUACACCCUGGGUCUUCCCUUGAGUCUCCAGGUUGGCUUCAGCGGAAGCCAACGCAUCCAUGUGUCCUGGACCAAAGACGAUAAACCCAUCUGGGCAUCUUACAAGUACAAUGUUAAGACCACAGAGACGACCAGCCGCCUGGAGGUCCUCAACUCGGACCGCGAGGAGGCCCAGGGAAAGUACAGCGUCACCGUGUCCAACCUGCAAGGAGCAGUGACUAGUGACGCCUUUGUGCUGUGUAGGAUGAAGAAGAGAGAGCCCCCCCACUUUGUGCGUAAGCUGGAGAACACCACAUUCCGCCUGGGGGAGGCGCUGUCGCUGCGUGUGGCCUUCAGAGCCACAGAAAAAGUCAGUGUGAGCUGGAGGAAAGAUGGCCUCCCCAUCUGGGCCUCCUACAAAUACAACGUGAAGAAGACAGACUGCAGCUGCGUCCUGGACGUUCUGAACGCUGACCGCGAGGAGGCUAGGGGGCGCUACAGCUGCGAGAUCAGCAACAAGGACGGAACUGAGAGCUGCAGUGCUCACGUCACUCUGGAGCCGGUACGGUUUGUGCAGCGGCUGCAGGACGUCACGCACACGCUGGGCGCUCCUCUGACCCUGGCGUGCACGUACUCGGGCUCAGAGCACGCUCAUGCCACCUGGAAAAAGGAUGGGAAACUGCUCUGGGCCUCAUACCAGUACAACGUCCGCACAGGAAAGGGGCGCUGUGAGCUGGACGUGCUCAACAGCGACCGCGAGGCUGCGGCUGGGAAGUACCAGUGUGAAAUCUCCAACGCCGACGGAAAAGACACCUGCCAUGCCACCGUGCGGAUAGAGCGCAAGGUGCCUCCCACAUUCACCAAGCGGCCGGCGGACUCUCUCAUUGAGGGUCUGGGCCGCUGCAUCCGCCUGGAGGCCAGAGUAUCAGGGACGCCCCCUCUCACCGCCACUUGGACCAAAGACUCGGCCGAGAUCCAGGUCUCAGACAAAUACGACAUCACCUUUGACAAUAAUGUGUCUAUGCUCAUCAUCAAAGAGUCUGCAGUGAGAGACGGUGGCAUUUACACCUGUACAGCCAAGAACGAGGCCGGCAAGACCAGCUGCCGCACCAGCCUCACUGUCUCUGAGUCUGGUUCUCCGCCAGUCUUCACCUCUCCGCUUAAAGCCGUGUCUGUGGCAGAGGGAGAGAAGCUGGCCCUCUCCUGUUCAGUGUCUGGUACUGCACCAGUUACAGUUCAGUGGAUGAAGGACCGGCGUGAGCUGCUGUCCUCCGGAAACACCACGGUCUCUUUUGUGAACGGCACCGCAACCCUCCAGGUGUCAGACUGUAUGAAGAGUGACGCAGGAGACUAUCUCUGCAAAGCUAGUAACAAGAGCGGAUCCAACUUCUGCAAGGCUCACGUCACUAUCAGAGACUUUGCCUCUAAAGCUCCGGUCUCGGUCCAGACCACAGAGACGGCAGCGCCCUCUGCUGCUCCUGCACCAGCCAAACGACUGGACAACCUGUUCUUCAUUGAGGAACCACGGACCAUCUCCACCCCAGAGAAGGGCACUGCUACCUUCAUUGCCAAACUGGGCGGCGACCCAAUCCCAAGCGUGAAGUGGAUGAAGGGGAAGUGGCGGCAGGUGACCCAUGGUGGGAGGGUGUCCGUGGAGCAGAAGGGACCGGACGCUCGGCUGGAGAUUCGAGAGGUCACCAAGUCUGACGCGGGACAGUACCGCUGCGUAGCCUCCAGCAAACACGGAGAGAUCGAGGCCAGUGCCGACCUAAGCGUCAGCAAGAAGGAGGAGGUGACAGGAGGAGAGUUCAGGACCACUCUGAGGAAGACUCCAUCGAAGCAGCGGAGCCCGAAGCGUGAGGAUGUGGACAUUGUGGAUCUGCUCCGAGGAAACGACCCAAAAGAUUAUGAACGCAUCCUGAGGGAACACGAGAUCUACGACUACAGAGCCAUCCUGCAGGCCUUCGAGAUCCUGAAGAGGGAGAAGGCCCAGGCCAGCGGCAAGCCGGAGACUGAACACGGAGGAGCAGUGGAGGAGGCAGUGAUGGCACGACUCAUGCAGCAGAUGGAGUCCAGAGCCGGGACUGAGCCCGUGAGUGUGAUGGACGACAUCAGCGACCAGGCCGUUGCUCCGGGAGCGUCGGCUGUCUUUGAAUGCUGCAUUAGUAUAAAUUACCCUGAGAUUGCUCUAACGUGGUACAAAGGUACACAGAAGCUGGAGCGCGGGGACAAGUACGACAUGGGGACAUCCGGAGACAAACACUGGCUCAAGGUCAACAAGUGUGACGCCAACGACCAGGGCAACUACAGGCUGGUCUGUGGGCCACACAUGUCCAGCGCCGAGCUCACCUUAGGUGGUAAGGAACACACACAUACACACACACACACACACACUCAUGCGCCGAGCUGA